AUGGAGACACUGGACGAAGAAAAAGCCGAGGCACUCCUCAGGGAAAUCGUCACCCUGGAGACCUACGGCUCGCUGAGUCGAAAGGUUGCACGGUAUGAGCUCGAGAAACGGAUGGGUUUGAAGGAAGAUGAUUUAAAACCUUUCAAGGACCGGAUCAGCGUUAUCCUGGAAAAAAUCGUUGACGACAUUACUGCUGACCAAGAAAACGACGAGAGCAGCAAAUCGGAUGAAUCGGAUGCUGACAAACCAGAAAACCGAGAACCUGACGGCAAAAGGCAAAAAACAGGAAAUAACGUAAACGCUCCAAAGAACCUGAAGAAGUUGCAGGCAUCGCUCAUGUCCAAAAAUGAGUUUCUCGACAAAGCACCCGUUCUGGCUUCUCGCAUAGGUGACGAGCUGCUUUUCGACAUGAAGCCGCGAACAUUCAGUAGCGGUUCUUGCGGCUGGUUCUAUGGAUCCAAGGUGGCGAUCAAAGUUGGCAAGCAGGAAGUCUGGUGUCAGCUUGGAGUCAACUGCACAGUGCUUGGGAGCAAGGAGUGGGACGAGAGUCGAAAGAGGAAGAAAUGA